UGGCUGGAAUGAUAACACUUCCUUCCUGUGGUCAGGAAAAUCCUUGCUGGAAGGUGGCAAUGCUGCAGUGGACAAUGACCCAGAGAUGGAUGGGGAGGAUGGUGUGUCCUUUAUUAAUCCAAUUGGUACUUUAUACACUCCAGCACUUAAAGUGACAGAGGGGCAUGGAGAGGUGGAAAUUAGGCUGCACCUUAACUGCAGUCACUGUGAGAUGGACGAGUGCCAUGUUGAUCUUGAGAGUCAAAAAGUCAUUUGCUUUUGUGAGCCAGGCACAGAAUUGGCAGAGGAUGGUGUGUCUUGCAUAGCUGAGCCAGUGGUUCGUCUCCCUUUCUCCUUGGUCUUGUCUGUAGUGACUUCAGCAUUGGUGGCUGCUUUAAUUUUGGCUUUUUCAGGAAUCAUGAUAGUGUAUCGCCGCAAGCACCAGGAGCUGCAAGCCAUGCAGAUGGAGCUGCAGAGCCCAGAAUACAAACUGAGCAAACUGCGUACCUCCACCAUCAUGACCGACUACAACCCCAACUACUGCUUUGCAGGAAAGACCACAUCCAUUAGUGACCUUAAAGAGGUGCCUCGAAAAAACAUCUCCCUUAUCCGGGGUUUGGGCCACGGAGCCUUUGGUGAGGUAUAUGAAGGUCAGGUGACAGGGAUCCCCAGCGACCCCACUCCCUUGCAGGUGGCUGUGAAAACAUUGCCAGAAGUGUGUUCAGAGCAAGAUGAGCUCGACUUCCUCAUGGAAGCUCUCAUUAUUAGCAAGUUCAACCACCAGAACAUUGUACGCUGUAUCGGGGUGAGCUUGCAGGCCCUGCCCCGCUUCAUCCUGCUGGAGCUCAUGGCUGGAGGAGACCUGAAAUCCUUCCUGAGGGAGACACGGCCUAGACCGAAUCAGCCCUCCUCCCUUUCCAUGCUGGACUUGCUGCACGUGGCCCGUGACAUUGCUUGUGGGUGUCAGUACCUGGAGGAGAACCACUUCAUUCACAGGGAUAUUGCUGCGAGGAACUGCCUCCUUACCUGUCGAGGGCCUGGGAGAGUGGCUAAGAUUGGAGACUUUGGAAUGGCCCGGGAUAUAUACAGAGCCAGCUACUAUCGUAAGGGUGGGUGUGCAAUGUUGCCUGUCAAAUGGAUGCCUCCUGAGGCUUUCAUGGAAGGGAUAUUUACAUCAAAAACAGACACAUGGUCCUUUGGCGUAUUGCUGUGGGAGAUAUUCUCUUUGGGAUACAUGCCCUACCCCAGCAAAAGCAACCAGGAGGUUCUGGAGUUUGUCACCAAUGGAGGAAGGAUGGAUCCACCUAAAAACUGCCCUGGCCCUGUCUACCGCAUUAUGACUCAGUGUUGGCAGCACCAGCCUGAAGACCGGCCAAACUUUGCCAUAAUCCUGGAGAGGAUUGAGUACUGCACUCAGGAUCCCGAUGUCAUCAACACCGCCUUGCCGGUAGAAUAUGGCCCACCGGCUGAGGAGGAGGAGAAGGUGGCAAUGCGUCCCGAUGAUCCAGAAGGAAUUCCUCCUCUCUUGGUCUCAACACACCAAGACAGAAAGGAUGCUAAGCAAACCCUGCCAUCUCCACCACGCCUGCCGUCAACUGUCACUGCUGGAAAAUCUCUAGGGAAAGUGGGAGCCUUGGAACAGCCAGUGCCGGGGAAGGUGCAGUCAGCCACGGGGGGGGGACACAUCAACAUGGCCUAUGCCCAGUCCAACCCCCCUUCCGAGCUUCACAAAAGCCGGGGCUCCAGAAACAAGCCCACCAACCUCUGGAAUCCAACCUACGGCUCCUGGUUUGCAGAGAAGCAGGCCAGCAAAAACAGUUCUCUGCUGCAGAAGGAGAGGCCCGAGAGGGAGAAUUUGGGACAGGAAGGAAACUGUACUGUGGGGCCCAACAUUGUGACUGGCAGGCUGCCAGGCUCCUCCCUGCUCUUAGAGCCAUCUUCCCUAACUGCAAGCGUUAAAGAAGUGCCUCUCUUUAGGCUCCGCCACUUCCCUUGUGGGAAUGUCAACUAUGGAUACCAGCAGCAGGGCUUACCCUUGGAAAACUCCACACCACCUUGCGCUAGCAGUUACGAGGACCCUGUCCUUAGAAACAAGAGCCACAUAACCCAGCAGGGGCCCUGAGAGCCCUCGACCCUCUCUUGACUUUUCCUCCCCGUGGCCCCUGAGCCUUGAAGAGAUGUCCUGUUACCCAACACACCACGAGCAAGGCAUCAGACAGCAUCACCUCCUAUUUUGUGCAAACUUGCUCCAAAAGUGCCACCCUUGACGCUGUAAUUUCUACUAACCCGAGAGGCUUCAAACCACCAGAGCCCCAGUAGAGUCAAAGGAACGAGGGGGAGGGAGGAUGCAGGGAACUGUUGUUAACUGCAAGGCCCAGCUGCUGUUGCAUCAACUCAUCCGCAUGGUUGUCGUCAUGCCCCUUCUGUGAGCUUUUCCCAGUCGUGCGUCCUCUGCUUCCGUGUCAAGCCGCGGCUCACUGCCAUGAGUGUUCCAUGUCUGGGCUUUUCCGUGCCAAACUUGUCGUUGCUGUGGAAGACCUGGAGGUCUCCUGCUGCUGGCAGAGCUCGUAGUGGGUUUGGGAAGAGUGUCUUCUAUCCAAACCAAAAAAGAAAAAAUACGACAGUGCUGAAUGGUGAAGCGAUGGCACAUUCUCAAGUCUUGUUCCAGCUGCAAUCCAGUCUUCGAAAGUCCUUGAAUGCACAGUGUUGUGGGAGUGCUGGCAGGGCAAUGGAGAAACCCUGGUCACACUGCAUCACUUGAAGGGGAGAGGAGAGGAAGCAGAGGGUGGGUGUGGAUGCUAGGAGGCAUUUAGGGGGUGGGCAUUGUUUGGCUGGGGUUUUCUUUGGUUUGUUUUUGUUCACCUAUGCUUAAGCACCAGAACUGAGUAAAGCCCUUUCAAAUUCAUUCUGUCCUACAAAAGUAGGGAUGCCCUUCAUCAGGAAUGUGGAAGUAUCAAGUGGAAUCAAGGUGAAGCUUUAAAGGACCAUGGUCAUGAGAGAGACUUUCACCAGCCACCUGCAUACCUUGAAGGUUUGAAAUAGCCUUUGACAUACACUGUAUGAACAACACCAUAAAGGCAGAAGACUACAUCGUGUCACAGUCUGGAAGCCAGAUAUUGUCUGUACUGAAGGGUUUAGAGUCCUUUUUCCUUUGACAAAAUACAUGUAUGAUAGUGGUUUAAGGACAAACUCCAUUGACUCACUUUGUACACCCCGUGCAUGAAAAAUAUUCCAGUUAAGUGUAUUGUCAAAACAUAGAUGUAGGAAAUAAUUCAUGUGUAAAGAUGUGUGUUAGUAACUUCAGCUUAGGGUUGAGUGGAGCUGUUUUAGCAUGAUCACUAUCCAAAAAAGGGGUGCUUAUUUCCAUAGAAAUGGGAGUACUGGAGCAUCAGCAAAGGAGUGGGAAGGUGUUCUUCAGUCUGAGACUCUUCAUUUCAGUGAAGUCACCCUGAGUCUGGCCUGGAUCCAAACAUUGAGUGGAAAAGCAGGAAGCGGUAUGAUCUACAGGAUGUAAAGCACAGCUGGGGAAAAACCCUGUGCUUAUGCUCUGAAAAUGGCUUAUUUCCAUGUGGAUGUUACCUGGUUUCCUAUAGAAGAUAAGCAGGUUCUGGUUCCAUGAGCUGCUGGAGGUAAAUUAGGUUCAGAUGCCUGUCUCUCUACCUUUCCAGUUGUCCCAUCAUCUUCCCUUUGUGCCACUGAACCUUGUUUCUCCACCACGUGCCUGGGAAUGAAGCAGGGCAGGAGCAAGUUUGGUUCUGCUCCCCAGAGGCGCAGUGAGGGAGCGGGGUGGGAGAGAGGCUUGGCCACAGCAAGAGGAGGUGCAGGGACCAGCAGUGAGAAGCCCCAGGGCUGCAUUAGUUUGGCCGAGUCCGUCUCAGACAGCAGUGUCGGAUGCGGCUGCUCCGGCUUCCCUGCACAGGGGAACAGCCGCAGCAUGGCACACGAGGGCUGAAACAGGGAAUGGCAGGUGCCACUUUGCAUGUCUGUUCCUGGUACUGCACCUAGCUUCUGGGGGAUGAGAACCUUGACAUGGGAAUAGCAUAAAACAGCCUUCCACAGCAGCAAAGCCAUCACUGUUCGUCUGUCCCAGAGUUAAACCCAUCACAGGGAAAUGUCCUAAAUGUCCACUCCUGGCUUCUUUUAGUACCAAGCUUCAUUAUAGGAGUGUCUCAUGUACAGCUGUUUAUGCAACAUUGUUUAUAAAGGAAGGGCCUGUGCACUUCAGGGAUACUAUGAAGAAAAAUACUAAUAUAUGGUCAUUGAGUAUUUUGUAUUGAGUAGUGUAUUUGUAUUGUAAACAAGUGUAGUGAACCACAAGGCAUGAAGACAAAUAAAGUGAC